AUGUCAACUGAAAUUGACUAUUUUCCUCGUGGUUCCUCAACGACGAAAGCUGAAGCGAAACCUGAGAAAGCUCGAUUGAAUCGUGUGGAUCGUGAUGAUCUAUUUGUUAGUACAUCGACUAAACGAAAACGCUCACAACAUGAUGCACAAAAACUCAAAGAAGAACGUAAGAAAAAGAAGAAAAAAGCUCUUGACGGUGAAGAUCGCCAAGAAGCUUUAUACCGUCGACUACACAAACAAAAUCUUACCGAUGGUGUGCUCCUCUGUGGCUGUAUCGAAAAAAUCACUCCGUACGAAUUACGUGUUAGUCUUCCACAUCAAAAUAUCGGCUAUAUUCCGCUAUCAAUGAUCUCGGAUGAAUAUACCGAACUAAUUCAACAGAAACUAUCGAAUAACAAUCAAGACGACGAUUUCGACAAUCUAUUUCAUCUUGGACAAUAUGUUAUAUGUCGUGUAAUCGAGGGAGAAAGUACCAGUGAUAGUGAAAAACCGAAUCAACAGAAACGUUUGCAUCUUUCCAUUAAUCCGAAAGAUGUCUGUGACCAAUUAACACCCGAUCAACUUGUCAAAGGAAUGAUGAUACCUGGUGUAGUAUCCAGUACUACUGAUCAUGGAUUUCUUAUUAAUAUUGGAUUUUCGCAAAGAAAAGGUUUUCUAGCGAAAGAUAAACACCUGGAUGAAGGUGAGUUCGUUUGGUUUUCAGACAAAAAGUCAAUGCGUGAUUUAGAUCAAUUGAAAUUUGGAUUUCAUGGAUUAUUUCAAAUUAAAGAAUCAUCAACAGUUAAUUCGCGUAUUAUUCCGUUGAAAAUUCUUGAUAAUAAGAAACCUAGAACAACAUUAUCACCGACAAAAUUACCUUUUCAUAUGCUUUUACCUGGUCUGAAAUGUAAAGUGACUGUGACGAAAACUCGAGUCAAUGGUCUCGAAGUAUCAUUUGGUGAAAUCAAAGGGUUUAUUCAUUUACAAGAUUUCGACACACUAAAAACUCCAAUAACUGACUUUUCCCCCGAACAAGAACUUGAAGCAACAAUCCUAUCGAUUGAUCCAACAACAAAAUUGAUUCAUUAUUCAAUGCAACCGCAUCUCUUAGCAUUGACUUUUCCACCAACAAUUCUUGACAAAAAUAAUGAAGCCACAUCGCCGAUGAUUGGCUCCAUUCAACCAUGUACGGUCGUGCGUGCUAUUGGCUCAUCACUUGCAAUACGACUUCCAUCGUUGAAACAAUAUGGAGUUGUUUCAUCGACAAACUUAACCGAUGAAAAAUAUGAUGAUAUCCAACAACUGUUGGGUUCAUUUGUAGCUGGACAAAAGACACAAUGUCGAAUCAUCGGAAUAUCCUUAUCAAGUAACUUAGCAAUUUGUUCGUUAAAAAAGAGUGUUCUUGAAGCACCCUUUAUCACUUAUUCGGAUAUUCAAAUCGGUAGUUUAGUUAAAGGUACCAUCAGUCAGGUUAAUGAGCGUGGACUGACGAUUAAUCUUACGAAAUAUAUCAAUGGGUUUGUACCGACACUUCACAAUGCUGAUAUCCCAAUCAAAGAAACAUUGAAUAAAUUUUCGUUGAAAAAGAAAGUUCAAUGUCGAGUUCUGCAAGUAGAUGCAUUGCGUCAACGAUUAAUCUUAACAAUGAAACCAUCCUUAAUCAAUACGAAGAUACCAAUCGUGUAUUCUUACAAUGACUUACAAACCGACCUUCUCACUAUUGGUGUGGUCACAUCGAUUCAGGAAUAUGGUCUAUUAGUGAAGCUAUUCGGAGGUCUGUGUGGUUUAGUACCGAAAACCGAAAUCGGACAAUUGCAAACAUUGGUUGGUACGAGUAUCAAAAGUCAAUUGCAACAAAUGUUUUACGUCGGACAAACAGUCUCAUGUAAAGUGUUGAACUUUGACGCUGAAGAAAAGAAAAUUACAUUAAGCCUUAAAGUUCCGGGGAAAAUGACAUUUGGUAGUAAAUUAGCAGCAGUACCACGUGAUUUCUCGAUUGGCAAAGUUGUCUGCUGGAUUGUGAGUGAAUGUGAAAAUGAUGAGUAUUUAACUGGCAUUGCUCUGGAUGAAGAUCGUCCGAAGAAAGCACUUACUGUAACUUUAACAAAAAAUCAUACAUCUGAUUUCAUCGAACAUCAAGCUCUGCUCAUGCGUGUUGAUUUAUCUAAAAAGUCCACCCAACAGCGUCAAGGUAUCUUUUGGUCUCAUUUAUCAUACAUCAAUAUCUCCAUGAAGAAAACUCUUGUCGAAUUCUGCGAACGAUCGACUCUUCCACAAAAGUUCGAAGAUUGCAUUGUCGGAUCGAUUGUUCCAGGUGUUGUUCAAAAUAUCUUUGAUUAUGGCGUUUUUAUCGACUUACCGAAUACAAUUGUUGCUUUUGCUCCACAUAAACAUCUGGAUUUACAUGGUUCCUUGGAAACUGCCGAGAAGAAAUACCGAAUUGGUCAAACCGUAUUCGUCCGAAUUUUACAAUUGGAUGAAGAAAAACAUCGUUGUAUUGUUUCUCUCAAAACCUUAAACUACGAUGGCGAAAUCGCUGAAUUGACUCAACCGGAGAAUGUCCUACGAACUUAUCUCGAUGAAAAAUAUCAAUUAAUUCAAGAUAUGAGAUUACACGGCACGGGCCCAUUAUCAAAAUUCUUUCAGGAAACGAGCAAAUGGAUUGGACUGAAGUCCCGAUGUUUAAUCGAAAAACGGUCGGAUGAUUGGUUCGUCGGUCGAUUAGAAAAUGGUAUUCCAGCUGCAUUACCUUAUGACGCACAUUAUUCAAUCGGAGAUUCUCUCGAUGGUUACAUCGUUGAUUUCAGCAUUCCUGCUCAACAAUUUAUCCUUACGCUCGAUUUGAAAAAGCCAUUGAAAUUUUCUUCUCAAACAUUUACACAGUGUACCGUUCUUUGUCAAUUGCAAUCCUAUGCUUUAGCAUUGACAACAGAUUCCAAUCAACUCGUUCAUUUGCCAACAUUUUCCGAUUUGAACUCAUUCUAUUCAAGUUCGUCCGGAAUUUCAUACAAACGAAAUCAACAAGUUGAUGUUUCUUCGAUCAAACCUUAUACAUCCAAAGAAUUGAACUACACAAUUCUGCCAACUCCAGUUAGAAAGUCAUCGAUUGAAGUUUAUCAAGUCGAUCAAACAGUACCUGUGACGAUCGUUGAUGUUUUACCUAAACAAUUGAACGUCAAAUUAAACGACGGAUCUCGUGGUCGGUUGCAUAUUACUGAACUCUUCGAUAAUCCAUCACCGGAUCAAUUUCAAUCCUUGACUGAUCUAUAUCAAGUCAAUCAAAGUUUAAAUGCUCGAAUUAUCGGAACGAGAAACAUCGAAAAAGAUUCAAAACAUCAACGACCUGUCUAUGAAUUAUCCCUUCGUGAGAAAUCAACGAUAGAAUAUCAAGUUGGAGAUCGAAUUGUUGGUUUCGUUGACAAAAUCGAUGAGAAAAACAAAGGAUUGUGGUUACAUUUGUCACUUCAUACACGUGGUUAUGUUCCACCGGAACAUGUUUCUAAAGAAUUAUCAAUAGGACAAUGUUGUUACGUGACAAUUGUGAAGAAAACCACGAAUAACAAGGGCGAAUACUACACAUUAUCUAUGUUUGAAAAGAAUCAAUCGGAAGCAAGUGUUGUCUAUGCAAAAUUCAAAGAAAUGAAAUCAAUUAAUGAAUUUCGUUUUGAUGUGACAAGAAAUAAUGAAAGUUACGAAGGAAUCUUAGUUUCAACCGACGUUGCCGAUGUUUUUGAAGAUUUUGUCUUCUGGAAAUAUCUGAUGAAUGUCAAACCACCAGUAUUAGUCAACGGACAAUUGAACAUGAAGAAGGAAUUGUGGAAAUUUCGAAAUAAAUCCAUUCGUGCCUUUGUCAAAGAAGAGAAUUCGGAUAAACAACAAAUGAUUCUAUCCACAAGAAAAUCCAAAUUGGAACAGAAUCAUUUGGAUGUUAUUGAUGAAGAAAUUGAAACAAUUGAACAAAUAUCAGCAGGCGAUAUUCUCCAUGGUUAUAUCGAUGUGUUAACUAAUCGGCAAAUAACUGUUUUGUUGGGCGGAGGAAGAUCUAUUGUGGGACAGAUCGAAAAAGUAGUCAAUCGAACAUUAAAUGGACAUUUGAGAGAAUAUUUAGAUGUUGGAAUGAUUGUCGAAGCGGUUGUUCUGAAUGUGGAUAAGGAGAAGAAUAAAUGUCAAAUGAAACUAACCGAUCAAUUCAUUGAACAAUUAGUUUCAAAACGUUCGAAACGAACGCGUCUGUCCAGAACAAAUAGUUUGAAUGGUUCGAUUGCAGGCGAUGAUGAAAGCCAAGAAACGAACGUAAAACGAUUGAAAACAGUUGAGAACGCUUCAGCAGCAAGCGCACUUGGUAGUGAUCUAAAAUUUGAUUGGACGGAUGAUUUAUCUGCCUUACGCUCAUCCAUGGAUGAUGAUGUUGAUGCUGAACAAAUGGAUGAAUCUAUCUCAACUUCAUCCGCAACGAAAGAACGAAAACUGGAAUCCAAUGGUUCGACAUCUGUCCGUUCUCAACGUUCACAAGAACAAUACGAAGAACUUGUUAAACAAGCACCAAACGAUUCUCAACUCUGGAUGGAAUACAUGCAAUUCUUCGUUGAUCAAGCUGAAAUUGACCGUGCUCGAACUUUAGCUGAACGAGCACUAGCGAGCAUCUUUUAUCGUGAGGAACGCGAUAAACUCAAUAUGUGGAUUGCAUACCUUGCACUUGAAAAUCGGCAUGGCACACCAGAAAAAGUCAAUUCGAUCCUAUCGAGAGCAUUGGGCAACUGCGAUAGUUCGAAAGUUUAUCAACGGUUAGCUUGUGAUGUUUAUGAAAAGAAUGGUCAACUCAAUGAUGCCAAUGCCACAUUUGCAUUGUUAGUCAAGAAAUUCAAUAAAGAUAAACAGGCAUGGUUAGAAUAUAUAAUGUAUCUAUUUCGACAUCAACAAACUGAACAAGCGAAAGCAACACUUGAUAAAUCAUUUUCAAGUUUGCCAUCAGCUGAUCAUGUUGAAAUGAUUAAUAAAUUUGGUCAAUUGGAAUUCAAAUACGGUGAUAAAGAACGUGCUAAGACUCUCUAUGAGAAAUUACUCUCAAGUUAUCCCAAACGUACUGAUCUUUGGUCGAUCUACAUCGAUAUGUUAAUCAAAUAUGAUCCAGACCCAUCAGUCGUCGCCAGAUCAAUUUUUGAUCGAGUACUUGCAUUAAAUAUUCCGCCAAAGAAAAUGAAGUCUUUGAUUAAGAAAUAUCUUCAAUUCGAAAAACAAUAUGGUACAACAGCUGAUUUGAAUCGCGCGAAAGAACGUAUCACUCAAUAUGUCAAUGCGAACGACGAUCCAUCAGCAAAAUCGAACAUAGAAGAUUUCUAG